GGGACGGAGGAGCAGCAGCAGCAGCAGGAGGAGGAGGGAAGGGAAAAAAGAGAGGGAGAGAGGGAGGGGGAUUUACCCCAUUGUCCUCGGCGGGAGCUGGGCAGAGCCGGCGCCGCCGCUGUGCGCAGGCUCGUCCGGCCCCUCGCCCGGCGCGGAGGAGCUGCUGCCGGCGGUAAGGGGAGGCUCCGCUGCGCUCCGCGCCCCCCAUCCCCCCCAGCGCAUCCCCGAUGCCCCCGGGGCGGCGGCGGCGGCGGGCGCGGAGCUAGCGCGGCCGCGGGAGCCGCAUGGCCCGCGGGGAGCGCGGCGGCAGCGCCCCGCCUCGCCGGGGCGGCCGGGGCGGCGGCGGCAGCGCGGCGGCGGCUGCGGGCAUGGGGGCGCCGGGCGGCGCGGCCCUCGGCCCCGGCGCGCUGCCGCGGCGCUGAGCCCCCGGCCCUGCCCGCGCGGAGGAGGAGGAGAGGAGGAGGAGGAGGAGGAGGAAGGACCCGAUGGCGAACAGCAGCGAGCUGGGGAGCAGCAGCAGCCCGCACCUGCCCAGCGCCGGCGGCCUGCUGAGCGCCUCCGGGCUGAAGCUCGCCACGCUGGGGCUGAUCCUCUGCGUCAGCCUGGCCGGCAACGUGCUCUUCGCCUGGCUCAUCCUCAAGGACCGGCACCUGCACCGCGCGCCCUACUACCUGCUGCUGGACCUCUGCCUGGCCGACGGGCUCCGCUCGCUCGCCUGCUUCCCCUUCGUCAUGCUGUCGGUGCGCAGCGGGGCCGCCUGGCCCCACGGGCCCCUCAGCUGCAAGGUGCUGGCCUUCCUGGCCGUGCUCUUCUGCUUCCACGCCGCCUUCCUGCUCUUCUGCGUGGGGGUCACACGCUACAUGGCCAUCGCCCACCACCGCUUCUACGCCAAGCGCAUGACGGGCUGGACCUGCCUGGCUGUGGUGUGCAUGGUGUGGACCCUCUCCAUGGCCAUGGCCUUUCCCCCCGUCUUUGACGUGGGCACCUACAAGUUCAUCCGGGAGGAGGAACAGUGCAUCUUCGAGCACCGCUACGUCAAGGCCAACGACACGCUGGGCUUCAUGCUCAUGCUGGCGGCCGUCAUCGCCGCCACCCACCUGGUCUACAUCAAGCUGCUCUUCUUCAUCCACGGCCACCGCAAGAUGAAGCCGGCCCAGCUGGUACCGGCCAUCAGCCAGAACUGGACCUUCCACGGGCCGGGAGCCACCGGCCAAGCAGCUGCCAACUGGACGGCUGGCUUUGGCAGGGGGCCCACGCCGCCCACCCUCGUGGGCAUAAGGCAGGCCACUCACAGCCAGAUCAAGAGGCUGCUGGUGCUGGAGGAGUUUAAGAUGGAGAAAAGGCUCUGCAAGAUGUUCUACAUGAUCACCUUGCUCUUCCUGCUGCUCUGGUCCCCCUACAUUGUGGCCUGCUACCUGCGGGUCUUCAUUAAGGCCAGCUCCAUCCCCCAGGUGUACCUGACCACCUCCGUCUGGAUGACGUUUGCCCAGGCAGGGGUCAACCCCAUCCUGUGCUUCAUCUUCAACAAGGAGCUCAGGGUCUGUCUCCGAGCCCACUUCCCGUGCUGCCAAAGCAUCCAGAGCACCCAGGGCACCAUCCUUUGCGAUCUCAAGAGCUUUGGGAUGUAGGGGGGCUUUUUCUAUAAAAGAAAGAUGGAUAUAAAUUUCCAUGUUUCUGCAUAUGAGCUCAAGAGAGUGUGACCUGUGGGGGACAUACUAAACCACCACCCAGCACCCAAACCUUAGGCUGUAAGAAGCUAUUUUAUUUAUUUUUCUAUAUUUUGCGUAUGCUCUCUUCAGAACAUAACAAGUUGCUGUCUAUGGGAACAGGUACUUGAGCAGAACACCCCUAAACCUUAGGCAGUAAGAAGCUGGUUUUUUUCUUUGUGAUUGUGUGGUUUUUAAAAACAAAACAGGGCUCCGAGUUUCUGGUCUUGCUUCUAACGUUUCUAAACAUAAAUCCAACCGAUACGGAUUAAGGCCAUGACAUUUUUUUUGUUUCCCUAUUCCUGUCUGUUUUGAUAAAGGCUUAACAAUUUUACUCAUGUAAUAUUUGAUAAGGGCCAAGACAAUUUUAUACUAAAGUUAUUUUUGAUGACCUCAAGAGGUGUUGUUUUAUUAUUAUUUGAUUUUAAGUGAAGAACAUGAAGAGGACGUUCCUAAUGUGGUCAAAAGUCAGUUUUGGUGGGAGCUGUUGGGUUCAUUCAUUCUCAAAUGGUUUGAGUAUUUGAAGCCGUUAGUUAUAACUUUUGCUUGACAUGCAAACAGUGUAGAACUAAUUUCAAUUUUUCUUGUUGCACUAUUCAUUUGGUAAUAUUUCAGAACUAUUUGUGAAAUGUGAUUUUAAAAUACCAACUUUAAAAAUAAGCAACUAUAGCAGUUUUUAAAACCUAGAUUGAAAUUCAUAUUUUACUGCCUUUAUAGGAAGUUAUCUACAAACCUGGGUAAUACUUGUACAUUUUGACUGUUUUCUUUAAUAAAAUAUUGAAAAACUUUACUGUAUGUAAUUGUUUCAGAAUGGCAGCAUUCUGCUUUGCUGACAAAUAACUUGUGUAUGUGGAAGGUUGUAUGUCUUGUGUCUGAGUAGAUUUCACAGCUAAGGUUAUUAUGGACAAGCACAAUCCUUAUUUGCUGUUAGAUCUCAAUUUAGGUGUUUAUACCAAUAA